AUGCGCCUCAAAGGUCGACCAUCACUACCUCCAGAACUUGUCGAUCUCAUCAUACAGCUCCUCGUUCAUUCCCAUGGCUCCACUGCCAGCCCAGCUCUUUUCUCGCAACUUGCACCGCUAACGCUCGUUUCAACACUUUUUCGACGCAUCACUCUCCAUCAAUUCUUUCGUCGUAUUGUUCUACUCGAAAUCGAUCCCCGCAAAGCAAACUCAGAAUGGAACCGGCUUCUUCGUCUACUGCUGUCCUUAAACGAUCGAGACUGUUAUUCCUGGGUCAGAUGCCUUCUAGUCACUUCACGAGCACUCAUUGGUCCGUUCGAACUUGCUCGUCUUUCUGAGCUGUCUCAUCUCGUACAAUUGUCUAUCGACUUCGCGACAGAGGGCUUGGCGACACAGAAAUUUGCCAUGCACCUGGUAGCCGACGCGCCUCCUACUCUCAAUAUCCUGAUUCUCACUUCGCUACCGAGCGUCAAUAUACCGCUCCUUCGUCUCGUCGCUUCUCGGUUUCCUUAUCUCACUCGCUUGCACUUGAGUACGACGGAACGCCUCGAUUGCCAUUGCUGGAAUUGCUACGAAGAAAGCCUUGGAUGUACUAUGCAUUCCCCUAUUCCAAGUAUGUUUUCAGAUGCCCAACAUCUGUCGAUUGUUUUCGCAAGAAUUCUCCAACCACUCAAAUUGCUUACUUUUCUCCAUCUUGGCAUCUUUCUCUCCGACGAAACUCUGAUUGACGAGCACAUUCGACACGCAGAACAACCUAAUACGGCGGCGUUUGGACCUGAGCAAUGCGUUAUCUGUGACAACGUUGCAGAGCAAGUCCGCUUACGUGAGCUGACGGCAGCACUCGACUUUGCCCAACACCUCAAAUCGCUCCGCACAAUUGGAUUCAGUUCAUUCUUUGACCGAGCCAUACCGGAUGUCAACAACACGAUAGUCUAUAUACUGAGAGAGGGCGGACGUCUGAGGGACAAGUCACUCUCAGCAACGAUGGCCCCCACAUCCACUUCCACCACGACUGCCGACAAGAAUGCUGAGUUUGCGAAACUCUUUGAUUUAUUCGAGAUGCUUGCUACGCGCCGCUCGCGUAAAACCCCGCUCACCGAUGCUGACCUCGACGACACCCAGACAAUCCCGGUCCCAACAGAACUCGAGUCCGUAUUUCGCAAACUCUCCAACAACUUGAACAUCGUGCCACCGCGAGCAACUGGCAGAGCUCGUCGCAACACGGUAGCAGGGGUAGCGAAGAAAAGCCAAGUCAACGCUGACAGCGAGUCAGACGAAACGGAUGCGGAGUCGAUGGCCAAGUUUCCGCUUGGUCGAACACACGCAUUCACCUUCCGCAAGAUGAUCCACCACCUCUAUCAAGCCGAGGAAUGGGGCACUAAGGUUCGCGAAGUGCUACAGCGCUCCAAGCUUGAAUAUAAGUCUCUUGCUGAGCAAACCACCACCGGUCCUGCCACAAAGGAAACCGAGAGCACGAUAAACACGACUCCCCAUGUUCCUGGACGUGUCUAUUUCAAGACAGAAGUUAAAGUCAGUGGCAAGAAGCCUGCACCACUGGCUGUUCAGGGUCGUCGCCGCGCCCACUCGAUUGGGGGCCUUUCUUCUCGUCGCAGUCUGCCAACUUCACCGACAUCUCCAACUCCGCCCGCUCGUGCUUUGGAUGACAAAGGCGCAAGAGCAACCAAGAAACGCUGCAUUGGUCGCAGGAAGUCAGUUGCUGGUUUGGAAGGCCAUGCUGACGGUUGGUUCUACGAUGCCGCAAUUUCAUCCACUGAACGUGUCGAACCUCUCAUGAGCUUGAGCGCCAAUAUUUUAAACCGACCACGCCAUCAGUCGCUUCAUGGCGACAAGCCAACUAUCAGUCCCCAUCCUCCUACUCCCGUUGUCUCGGAUGACAAUGUCUGCAUCUCGACCUCCAAUGCCGCUACGAAGCGUCGCUUCUCCCAGUUUUGA